AAAACGGACUUUUGUCCCAAUCUCACUUUUUGACUCAUCAACAAUGGCCUAUAAAUACUCCGUUACAGCCUCAAGUGUUUUGCCACAUAACACAACCACAUUCAAUUAAACAUGGUAGUCAUUCUGAAGAGACAGGGAGAAAAGGAAUCACAAGAGAUUAAGGAUUUGGUGAAGAGUUUUACGCCACAGGAGUUCCAGUGCAAGACGUGUAACCGCAAAUUCUCGUCGUUCCAAGCGCUCGGCGGCCACCGGGCCAGCCACAAAAAGCCCAAGUUGGAGGGAGAUCUGAGUCAGGACCGGAAGCCCAAAACCCACGAGUGUUCCAUUUGCGGGCGGGGAUUCUCGUUGGGCCAGGCCCUGGGAGGGCACAUGAGAAAACACAGGGAUGCCGUGAACGAAGGGUUUUCUUCAGUUAUCGCGGAAGCACCGCUUCUGAAACGUUCGAAUAGCAGCAAGAGGGUGAUGUGCUUGGAGUUGGAUCUGAACCUAACGCCGUUGGAAAAUGACUUGAAGUUGCUGUUCGGAAACAAGGCUCCUACGGUGCAUCUUUCCUUGUAGAUUUUUCUCAUUCUUUCAUUAUUUUUUGUACAAAUUUUUCGUUAUUCACUAAUUGAAUUCAGCUGUGUGCUGCUUCUGUAAGAUGAUAGUGUGUGUUUAUAUCAGUAACUGAUCGGAAAUUCUGA